CAAAAAAACAAAACAGAUCAUAUCUUGGGAAAUUACGUUGAACAGAAGAAAUACAACUUGCUAAUGGAAUCCUCUGAAGGUUUUGCAAAAGUGGCGCUUCUGUUAUUUGAAGCUAUUGAUUCAGAGUACAGUGCGUUCCAAAUUGAUUAUACCGUGAAUGCAAUUGAUAGAUUGAUUGGUCAUUUUAGUUUGGAUCCAAUACGAGUCUUGGAUGUGAUUUUGGAUAUAUUCACCAACACGAUUUUAUCAAAUUAUAGAUUUUGUAUUGAUUUUUUGAGAAAAUCUCAAUGGUGGCCCAAAAAUAAUGAAUCUGAUAAUUCAAGCUUGGAAACUUUAAAUAAAGGUGGUAAUAAAGAAGCUGCUCUUUUAUUAGGAAUAAAACUCAAACAAUAUCAUGAUGCCUUAUCAAAAGAUGUACCAGAAACGUUUAAAAUAUUAAUUUCAAUAUUGAUCAAAGAGGGGUUCAUUUCAUUUGGCGAUGUGGUGAAAUAUUUAGCACCUGAUGAUAAAGUUAUGAAUGCAUUAGAAGAACAAAUCAAAAAAAAUAUUGAUGAUGAAAUUUUCAAGGCAUCUGCAAGUGCUUUAGCAUUAAGUGGUCCUUUAGCUGAUGAUGAAGACGAUUCCGCCAAAAAAGAUGGAUCUAAAGCAAAAUCAACAUUGUCAAAUAAUUCCAAAGAAGAUACAGAGCAAAAACUGAAAACUUUAAACCAAAAGCUACAAAUGACGAAAUUGUUCCUAACAGUCGGUUUAUAUUGGCCAUCAAUUUAUAUGUUGACAAAAUAUCCAUAUUUGGUUCAUGCUGAUAGUGAUUUUAUUCCUUUGAUUUUGAAACUAUUCAACGUGAUGGUUGAACCAUUGAAGAAGAAAGUUUGUCCCCUAAAUGCUGAGGAAACCAAAGAGUUGAGAACUGAAAAACCAACUCCAUUUUCAAGAAGAACUACUGCCAAUGAUGCCGUUGAGUUUGAAGAGUAUAUUUAUAACCAUGUUGAGCUUUUAAGACCAUUGCAUCAUGAUCAUACAAAUAGAAAAUUUCACUUCUUUUACCAUGAGUGGUCAACUGGAUUACCAAGUAUUACCACAACUGAAGAACUUUUUAAAUGUUCUGCAGAAUUGCUAAGUUUUGUUGGAGCUAAAAUUGGCGAGACACCAGAACUUAUCACAUUAUUAUCAAGAAUUGGUGUUGAUGAUUUGAACACAGCUGAAGGUUCUGAAAAUUACGAAGAGAAACUAAACUUGUGGUUUGAAUAUUUUAGAAAGUACAUAUUCCCUGCUUCUACUGCUUUAACUGAAAACUCAAUUACAACUUAUGAUAUUUUUGAAUUGUUAAAGAAAUUCCCACUUCAGAAGAGAUAUAAUUUAUAUGGUGAUAUGGUUAAUAACAUUUCCAAAAACAACAACAUUGUUAGAUUGAAUUAUUCAAAAGCUGAAAAACAAACUAAGGAUGUUUUGAAAAGAAUCACCACUGAAAAUGUUAAACCAAUGAUGAGAAGAUUUGCUAAAAUUGCAUUUGCAAACCCAAUUCCUUCAUUUUUGGUUAUUGUUACCCAAGUUGAAAGUUAUGAUAAUUUGAGUAAUUUGAUGGUUGAAGCUGCUCGUUAUUUCACUGAUUAUGCUUGGGAUGUUUUACCUUUUGUUUUAUUGAUGAGAUUGACUGCACGUCGUAAUUUUAUUCAAUCAGAUGGUAUGAAUGAGGCUCAAUGGCUUCAAUCUUUGGCUACUUUUAUUGCCAAACUUGGUAAAAAUUAUGCACCAAUGAAUUUAACUCCAAUUUUGACAUUUAUUAUUAAAGAUUUACACAAGAGUAAUACAAUUGGUUUAACUAUUUUGAGAGAAAUUGUCAAUCAAAUGGGUGGUAUUCAACAAAGUUCAAAUUUAUCUGCUAAUCAAAUCAAGUUGCUAAAUUCUGGUGAAAGUUUACAAAGAAGUAUUAAUAAAGUGAUUUUUGAUACAAGAGAAGAAUGUGUUAAACCAGCAUUAAGGUUAUUGAGUCAUUUGAUCAAUUCUAAUCAAUUGUCUGAAUUGUUCAUCUUGUUGUGUCGCUUCCAUAGUGAACUUAUAGAGAGAAGUGAUGAUUUUGCUCAUUACAAAAUUCUUUCAAAUCAAAGUGAUGAAAUCACAUCAGUUUUACAUACAUAUAUUGAAUUGAUUAAUUACUUUCUCAGAAAUGACACUGAGCUUUUCAAGAAAAAUGUUAUUGAUUUGUCAGAGUUGGUUACAAAGUAUGGUGUUGAAGUGUCUUGGGCAUUUGAACUUUGGAGAAAAAAUGUUAGCUUAGAAAUUGCUGAUCAAAUUGAAUAUGCCGAUGUUGACUUUGAAACAUUAAACAAGGACCUAUACACAUCUUUUUGGAAGUUAUCAUUAUAUGACAUAAAUUAUGACAAAUCGUUAUAUGACCACGAAGAGCAAAGAUUGAAAGAUGCCAAUACAUCUAUUGUUGACCACCUCGAAAGAUUAAGAAAAGAGAGGUUUACUCUUGAGGUUGAAACCAAAGAGCUGAAGUUGAAAAAGGAAAAAAGAUUUAAUGAUGAAGUUCUUGCUAAAAUCCCAGAAGAUGAUGAGGCUCAUAAAACUCAUUCAGAAGAAAUCUUGAAAAAUAUCGAGGAACGUCUUGGUAAUUGGGUCAACGAAGAGAAUCCAUCAACGGAAGAAAUUCAAGCAUUUUAUCAAUCCUGUGUUGUUCCUCGUGCUAUUCAUUCAGAAACAGAUGCUAUUUUUACUGGUAAAUUCAUUACAUCGUUGCUUAAAGUUGAUGUGAGUCAAAAAUUCGUUGAUUUGUUUUUAACAUCAGAGGUUCUUGAUACUUUAAUCUAUACAAUCACUCCAUUAGAAGCUGAAAACCUUGGGUUUUUCCUUGCUGAAAUAUUUAGAUUCUAUGAAGAUGUCAGAAAUAGUGAAGGGUUGUCGAAUGAAGUCAAAGAAGUUAUUUAUAAAUGGCACACAAAUGCUUUAUCAAGUAUCAAACUGAAUAUUGAAAGUGAAAACUAUAUGUCAAGAAGAAAUGCAUUUACAUUGUUGAAAAAUUUGAUUGAUGUCUAUCCAAUUGUCGAAGAUCAUGCUGAACAAAUUGUUGAAUCGAUUGAAAAAGUUUCUAAUAGUGAAGAAAGAAAAGAUUUGAAACUGGCUUCAGAUGCUAUUUUGGCUCAUAUCAAGUCACGUUCGAAAAAAUGGAUUCAUUUAUGGGAUUUCUAUUAUUUCCCAGAAGAAGAGAAAGAAAAGGUGAUUGAAAAGAGAAAUCUUUUAAAAAAAGAAGAGAAGAAUGAAGAAAAAGAAUCUGUUACUAUAAAGAAGGACGAAGAAGAAGAAGAAGAAGAAGGAGUGAAAGCGAAAAAGGAAAUUGAGUUGAAUGAGAAAAAAGAAGAAAAAGAAUCUAUCAAAGAGGAAGAAGCUGAAAGU